CCGCCUCUCAAGACGGCCAAAAAGUCAGAGGCUGAAUAAGGAAAUGAAGCGUAAUUUGAGGAAGAUGGAUGAGCCCCCAGGGAAACACCCCCUUUUCAUCCCUCUUGUAUUGCAGAUUAUAACCAAUGCGCUCUCGCCCCUCUCUCACUGCGCGCGCGCACACACACACACACACACAGGCGCGCGAGCGCGCGCAGAGCACCGGAGAGGGGCGGAGGUGGGCGCUGCAGAGAGGGGAGAGGUGGAUAGACAGAGGGAGCGUGUGUUUAUGUCUCAGUGUGUGACAAAUAAGAGGGAAAAGGUAGCGGCGUGGGGCACACAACAGAGCGCCCCACUGACCGACGCAUAUAGAGCGCAGAGAUCCGGAGAAGCGGUCCACUUCCCGGGGAUGACAACACGCCAGAGGAUCUAUACUUUCAAUCCACUCACCGUCUGUGUAGACUGAAAGUUUUUUUGUUUUUGUUUUGUUUUCUUUUUUUUCUUUUUUUCUUUUGCGCGUCGCAGAGCGAAGGGGACACCGACUCGCAGGUUUCCACCAGAAAUUCAAGUGUUCACCUGCGAGAAAAUGCAGAGACCCGGCGGCCAAGGGACGGCGUUCUCAAUCGACUCCCUGAUCGGGACCCCGCAGCCCAGACCGGGACACCUGCUCUACACGGGCUACCCCAUGUUCAUGCCCUACAGACCUCUGGUUAUUCCGCAGGCUUUAUCCCACUCGCCUCUGUCGUCGGGCAUCCCUCCCCUUGCGCCUUUGGCUUCCUUCGCGGGGCGGCUCACCAACACGUUCUGUGCCAGCCUGGGCCAGGGGGUGCCCUCCAUGGUCGCGCUCACCACGACGAUGCCGAGUUUCUCGGAUCCGCCGGACAGUUUCUACCCGCCGCAGGAGCUCCCGGGUCCCCGGUUAAGCGCCGCCGACCCCGGGGCAAGGAGGCAGGAGAGUCCGCACUCCGAUGAGCCGCACAGCCGGGACAAGGGCUCCGAGCUGCUCAGCUUCUCGGAAACGUAUCAAACGAUAUCAGGCGAGACCAAACUGUACAGCUCGGACGACGAGAAGCUGGACCUGAAAUCCGCAGACACCGUCCUCAGCGACCGGGAGGACAGCUCGGCGGACAGCGAGAACGAGAGCUUCUCGGACGGCAACAACUGCGGCUCCCUGUCGCAGAAGAGCAAACUGAAGGGCGGCUCGCAGGAGGCGCUGGCGACCGGCGGCUCGGCGGCCAAGAGCCGGAGGAGACGGACAGCUUUCACCAGCGAGCAGCUGCUCGAGCUCGAGAAGGAGUUCCACUGCAAAAAGUACCUCUCCCUGACUGAGCGCUCGCAGAUCGCGCACGCACUCAAGCUGAGCGAGGUGCAGGUGAAGAUCUGGUUCCAGAACCGCAGGGCCAAGUGGAAACGGAUCAAGGCCGGCAACGUCAACAACCGCUCGGGGGAACCGGUGCGUAAUCCCAAGAUCGUGGUGCCCAUCCCCGUGCACGUCAACCGGUUUGCCGUGCGGAGUCAGCACCAACAGAUAGAGCAAGGGACCAGGCCGUGAACUCGGACACAUGGCACACAUAUUAAUAAUGAAGAAGGAAAGAAACCACCCACUUAAAAUGGACUCUGUGUGUGCCGCUGAUUUGUUGAACGCAUGAAGCACAAUGAGGAGGAUUCGGUCUUUUUUUUUGAUUUGGUUGUCCGAGUGGUGAGACAGACACCUGCUCGCAGGCGGAUCAAUCGUUUUGGCAAUAUGCUGUCAUUUUUAUUUAUUGUCCUGUGAAUAUGUAAAUAUAAAUGGGCACUAUGAGAUGAGACUGUAAAGAUUUUUUUAAGUAUUUAUAUGUAGGGCCAAAAUGUUCUGUUGGUUAUAAGUGCAUGUCCUCAUUUGGUGAAGCUAUUUCUGGGGGUUUUUUUCUUUUCGUUUUGUGUUGAGUAAAAUCUGUUGACCACAUUUGCAUGUAACUUAAAACGUUUUACAUUUCGUUUUUGUUAACUGUAGGAUCCACCUUUGACAGCUAUAUGUGGAGAAAAAAAAAUAAGAAAAGAUGUGAAAGGAGGUUAUGACCAAACAAGGGACAACUGUAAAGUAUAUUGACCUAAUAAAUCGCUUUAUACGAA